GUUACCGGUAAACGUAGCAACGAAACGCCACAUUAGGUGACAGACGAUACCGAGCUGUGAUAAGUUCGAUAAGCCUCAAAAUUUAACGCAACUACAAGUAUCUACAAAUCGCGGAAAGAUGGGAAACUCUUAGAUCGGAGGCUAUUUUGGACCAUCAUUGGACACAUUCGUUCGUGCGGUGGUAUACGCUUUACGCUAUACAAGACGGAAAUAUAUAAACUUGAGUAUCACCUGGACAGGCUGGACUUUCAUCUCAACUACAUAAACUCUAAUAUUAAUUUACUACAUCCAGGCAGCGUUUAAAAAUUUCAGGUUCAACAUGACAGAGGAAAGUGUAAAGGUCGCCGUGCGAGUUCGUCCAUUUAAUAAACGGGAAAAAGCACGAAAUUCGACGCUUAUCAUUCAGAUGAAUGGCCCGACCACCGAAAUCACAGAUCCAGCAGCUCCAAAUGACCCACCACGCAAGUUCACAUUUGAUUACAGCUAUUGGUCGCACGAUGGCUUCGAAAAGAACGAUGAUGGAUAUCUGAAGCCGACUGUACCACAUUAUGCUGAUCAGAUGAAAGUUUACAAUGAUCUUGGCAAAUUGGUGCUAGACAAUGCGUGGUCUGGUUAUAACACAUCAUUGUUUGCUUAUGGCCAGACAGGCUCGGGAAAAUCUUGGUCCAUUGUUGGUUAUGGUCCAAACAGAGGUAUCGUUCCCGUAUUUUGCGAAGAGAUUUUUUCACGAAUCAAAGAAAAGCAAGCUGCAGGAACAGCUGCUCAGUACGAGGUCCAAUUCAGUAUGCUGGAGAUCUAUAACGAACAGGUCCGAGAUUUGUUAAAUCCAAGCAGCAACAAAAAAGGCGGACUCAAAAUCCGGCAACAUCCAAAGAAAGGCUUUUACGCUCAAGGAUUGAAGGUCCUGCCAGUCGUGAGUUAUGACGAUAUCGAGGACAGAAUGGAGGAAGGAACGCAGAAUAGAACCGUUGCUGCGACUAAUAUGAAUGCAACGAGCAGUCGAGCUCACACAAUCGUGGGAAUAACGUUUAUACAGAAACAGAAAAACGAUGCUGGACAGGAAACGGCGAAAACGGCAGUAAUUAAUCUUGUCGAUCUGGCAGGAAGUGAGCGCGCUGAAUCUACUGGUGCCACGGGUGAUCGGUUGAAGGAAGGUGCCGCGAUAAACCAGUCCUUGUCAUCUUUGGGAAAUGUUAUUGCAGCCCUCGCUGAGAAGUCGGGAGGAAAGCAAGUCAGAGUGCCAUACAGAAACUCCGUUCUCACGAAACUUCUGAAGAAUGCUCUUGGUGGCAACAGCAAAACAAUUAUGAUUGCUGCGAUUAGCCCGGCAGAUAUCAACUAUGACGAAACGCUAUCCACCUUAAGAUAUGCUGACCGCGCUAAACAAAUCAAGACAACAGCGACAGUGAAUGAAGAUCCAACGGAGAAGCUUAUCCGUGAACUGAAAGAGGAAAACGAGAAACUGAUGAAAAUGCUGAAGGCUGCCCAGUCGGGAGAGGCCGUCACGAUGAAAGCCGCUGAUGACGACGACGAUGAUGACGACGAUGCUGACGAUUCAAAGAAAAUGUCAGAAGAAGACCUUGAUGAACUUAGAAAGCAAAUAGAGGAUGAAAUAAGACAACAGAUGAAGCAAGAUGAAAACGCCGAAGAUGUGAAUACGUCUAAACUAAAAGAGGCAGAGAGUCUCCAUGAGACUAAGCAAGCGAAAAAGAAAGAACAACAGUCGACUGCUCAUAUUUGGAAUCUAAACCCUGAUCCACAACUGUCUGGAAUGAUUGUUUAUCUUCUGCAACAAGGUGAAAUUCGUGUUGGAAGCAAAAAGGCAGAUCCCUCUCCAGAUAUAACUUUAGUUGGUCUCAACAUCCAAAAAGAGCAUGCUAUACUAUCCAAUAACGAAAAUGUGAUAAGCAUUCAGUCAUGUGGUAAUUCUAAAGUCCUGGUAAACGGAGAACCAUUGACAGAAAAAGAAACAUUACAUCACAAUGACAGGAUAAUGUUUGGGUCCAGUCAUCUCUACGUGUUUUAUCACCCGCAAGAACUAGAGACGGCGAAAAAGAAUGGCACCGAAAUUGAAGACGUUAAUUACGAAAUGGCGCAGGAAGAGAUCGCACAAAAUUCAGGAAUUAAUGUUGAAAAGGGAACCGAUAAAUCGAAUGAAGAACUGCUUAUUCAAGAGGACCUACUUGACAUCCUUCCCAUGGUUGAAGAAGCAAAUGCUAUUAGUCAGGAACUCGACAAAAAAGUCAAAUUUGAAGCCUGCGUUCUUUCACCCAAAUCAAGAGGACUCGUCACAGGACAUCCUGAGGUGUUCGUAAUCAUGAAGAAUCUUCAGUCAGGUUUGGAAUGGAUGUGGUCGAGAACGAAGUUUAUCAACAGGAAAUAUUUGAUGCAAGAAAUGUACCAAGAUUUUGAGGAGGGUGAGGAUUGGGAACUACCCGACGAACGGGAUCCCUUUACCGAAUCCGAUAGUACGGAGGUCAUGAUUGGUUGUGUUGAAGUGUAUCUAGAGUCCAUUGGUUAUUUGAUUGAUAUAAGAGAACAGUUAACAAUCAACGAUUACCGAGGAAAAGAUGUUGGAUAUUUAAAUAUGGAAGUAGUACCAUUAAAAGAGGAUGGAAAAGAAAUAACUGAAGGUGAUGACAUAUUUAUAGAGAGUCCCAAUAAUAUGAUUGGCAAAAAACUGGAGUUUGUCGUCAAAAUUGUAAAUGCGCGAGGAAUUGAAAAGAAAUAUACAGACGUUUUCUGCAAAUAUUCAUUGUACAAUUCAAAACAGUACGAAACAACCUGCAUCGCUGGUACAACGAAUCCUGAUUUCUUUCACAUGGAGAAAUUUUCUUUUGAUCCUUGCCCCAAAGAGUUCGUUAGCUUCAUCACGACGGAGAAGAAGCCCCUAAUAAUACAGGUUUGGGGAAAGCAAAAGGCAAUUGGAAAGAAAACCGCAAAGAGGGCGAACAAACCAGAUCAAACUACAAAAGCAAUCGUGAUGUCCGAGGCAAUGAAGAAAGAUUCUGCCGCUGGAAAUGUUCGCAGUGAUAAAAAGUAUACUGAAAAUGCUGUAUUCAACGCAGUUCAGCAGAUAACCAUGCAGAAGCGUUUGCAAAGACUAGAAAACAAAGUUCAACAAAUACGAAGUUUGUGUGAACAGAAAGAACAAACAGGAGGUCAUGAAGUCGAGGUCUCUGACAUACGCAAGGUGCUGGGAGAUCCUCCACCAAAAGUGAUAAACGGACAUAAACACAGACGCGACUCUUCUGCAUCAUCCGCAUCGUCGGCAGGAAGUAAACAACAACAACAACCACAAAAACAACAAGAUGAACGAUCGCGAAGCCAAAAUGGGAGUCGAGCUUGCACUGUGUUAUAAUUUGACGCCACAAAACACACCGCACAUUAUAAUAUGCGUACGUAUUGUUCAAUAUCCUGUACAAUUGCACGCAUGUCUUCAUUUUAUCACAGAAGCUUUGUACAUAUUUUAAGUAUUUUCACACAGCCAGCGUUUCUGUGAGAUGUAGGACACAUAGGAUACCUUAAUUCCGCAUUAUUUGCCCAUCAAACGUUUUGAAUUGUUGAGAUAUUUAAUCCCAUGUACUGACGAUUACAGUUACAGUAUAUAGCCAAUGACUGAUAUAGCCACAUACGGUAUAUAGUUUAGAAUCACAAGCUAUAGGAUCGGGGACUACCGAAUAAACCGAGGAAAAAUUGACAUCUUUCCAUGCAGUCUGUUAAGGGCGGCAAUAGUCUGUGAAAUGAUUUUCAUUCUCAGAAAAGGGCACGCGAUUUUUUUAAACAUGUUCUCUACAGGGUGUAUAGGAAAAAAAUGCACAGUUUGAAAUCAGAUAUUUAUAAAAAUUGCAUAAUUUAGUACUAUAAUUGCUCCAUGCUAAUUUUUACAGUGAAACACAAUUCAUCAUGCUCCGAGUCCGUACUGUAAGAAGUUUUGAUUUGGCUAUUGGAAUAACAAUGAAUGAAACAUAUUUUCAAAUUCCAGAUUAUAAUUAGUUGUACUGGCGUAGAAAUGCUAUUUGCAGUAUCUACUUACAGCGUUUGCACUUUUUUAUACACCCUGUAUAUAGGGAUAUGCUAUACGAAGCUGUGUGGAGAUGAUCGGUACAGGAUUAAUUACAAAACAGCUUAUGGGAACAUGCGCAAAAGCAACCGAAUGUUGUGUACGUCUACUGAAUUUCUCUCUUCCAUCGUAUGCCUAAUUAUAGAAGAAUCUUCAUCGAUUUACUUGGCAGUUCCUUUAAACACAUGCUUAUAAUCAUGAUUAUAAUCGCUACAAUCCAUGUUCCAUCCAUGCGGAUGUUGAUAUGUACUGCAUAGAAAUAUUGUAAUUGAUUUUCUCCAACUAUUUAUUGAUCAACUCGUAGCUAAUAUAUUUGCACGUGACAGAUCAGUGAUUGUUUGCCACGAUUUAGCUGGAGUUAAUGUUAUUUUAUCGUUGACGUAAAAUAUACAGUAAGAAAAACCCCAAUUGAUUAUUCUCCGUUCAGCUUUACAACAAUACGGUAGAUAAAAUGUUUUACGAUAUUUAAUUUGGCAAGCCCAAUGGACGAGUUGCGUUUUCGACUAAUUUCUUAUCUCAGGAGUAAAAAGGACAUUUUCCCAAAGAGCUUACUAAA